AGUUGCACAGGUCCUUAAACGAAGGUCCGUUGUGGCUGCCUGUUUUUCUUUUGUCAGGAAGUGCUGCUCAAAAAAACAAAUUAUCGCAUCAAAGGACGUUUCUUUCUGCCAACAGAGUGGAAGUUGAAACUAUGGCUGGACCUGUCACUUUGGAUUUGGAUCCCAUCUUCCUUAAGGGAUUAAGUUACCUGCACUCCAAAAGUAAAGACUCAGUUGAUAAACUCAAAGCUUUACUAGAUGAGUCCCUCUCAAGAGGAAGUGACUCAUCUUACCGCUCAUCACAAAAAGAUAUAGAGGUGUCCAAGGGGUCUGUGUCAAAACUGAGCUUAAGUAAACAGGACUCAAAGUCCUCAAAUUCUUCUUCCUCCAGCAGCAGCAGCAGCAGUAUCAAAUCAGAGAAAAGCAAAAAAGAGGCAGAGAAGAGACCGGCUGAGAAGGUUAGAAUUGACUUGGGUGACGUGGACCCACCGAAAAAGCCUCGUUUGGAGAAACAGGAGAAUCGCUCUUCUCCAAUUACCGUUCAGACGAGUAAAGACCUCCUGUCAAACGUUAACGACAACGAUGAGACCAACGCUGAUGACUUUGCCAUGGAAAUGGGCUUGGCUUGUGUGGUUUGCAGACAAAUGACGGUCACUAUGGGAAACCAGUUGGUGGAGUGCCAAGAGUGUCACAAUCUGUACCACCAGGACUGUCACAAGCCCCAGGUGACAGACAAAGAAGUGAAUGACCCAAGACUUGUGUGGUAUUGCGCUCGCUGCACCAGGCAAAUGAAACGUAUGGCCCAGAAACCUCCACAGAAGCCGUCCCCUGGAUCUGCGUCAUCAGCGCCUGUUGUGAAAGACACACUAGUCAAAAAGACAGAGAUGAAAUCCAAACCAGACACAGCCAGCACCUUCCAAGCCUUCAAAAGAACCGAACUGAAGGCGUCCGCAACAUCAGCCAAUCCCACCACUAACAGCUCCUCCUCCAGCAGUGGUCUCACAGGCUGGGCUGCAUUUGGUGCCAAGACCAGCUCUGCUGUUCCUCCAAGCUCCAAACUGGGCUCCUCUGGACCAAGUGGAAGCAGUAAGACCUUAGCAGCUCCCUCUGGCCAGAAACCUGUUGGGCUCUCUGGACUAGCUGGAGCAAAGUCAGGACCUGGGAGUGCUAAGGUACCUGCCGGGGGCAAUGGAAGCAGCUCCAGCCAGGUGCCUCAGAAACCACCUCCUCUGACCUUGGGUAAGCAGCCACUUAACCGCUCCUCGAGUGGUGAAAGUCAAGGGAAAGGCUCUGCUUCGUCAGGUGGAGGCUCCCCGAGCAGCUCCCAGGCAAGUGCAGGGGGAAACGGAGGCAGUAACGGAGGGGGCAACGGGAACAAUGGGAAUGGGUCAAAGGCUGCACCAGGGGACAAAGCACCAACUUCUCAAGAGUCCCAGCUCAAUGCUAUGAAACGUCUUCAACUGGUAAAGAAGAAAGCGGCGCAAAAGAAACUGAAGAAAUGAGUAGCGAUGGAAACAAAUGGCGUGGAGGAGAAGAAGAUCUGAGGGAGUAGAAAAUAAACCUUUCAAAAGUGUGAAUUUGGUGACAACAUUGUUUUACAGUCAAAUACUUGAAUCUUACUUUGUGUAAAUGCUGCUGGACUCUGUGUCGUACUGCUCUAACAAAUAUAAACAUUGCAAAAGUGACGGUCAUUUUUUAAUCAACAAAUGUUAUUAAAUAAUCCUCCUCUUAUCGACUGCUUGUAUCAUUAGCUUUGUGGCAUGCGGUGCCCCAGAACGUGAAUCAUUAUAUUCUGCAGGACAAAGGGGAGACAGAAUCCCAGUAGUUUUUGUAGUUUAUACAGUCAUGUGACAUAACUGUUCAAAUAUAAACGAUUUCUCCAUUUCACAUCUACAUAAAACACAUAUACUACAUUUUUAAAUCAUUUCACAUAUAACAUCUGUGUCAUUUAUAAAUCAUUUCAUAUAUAAAAUGUUCUUCAUUUGUAAUUCACUUCAUUAUUAAUAUGAACUUAACAAUACUGAAGUCCAAAAGUGCUCAGCAGAGUGUGCUGUAUUCUCCCACCGUCAUUAUUGUUAAUCAUCAGAUUACUGGUCCAUUUGAUGAGUGCUUGUUUUUUUUUUUUAUGAACAAAGCAGAUUCAAUAUCAACACUUUUGGUAUGAGACAUCUGAUAAUAUCUAGUGAUACCUGCGGGUGUGUGUGUGUGUGUGGGGGGGGUCUCUACAUGUCAGUCCUGUGUGAGCCUGGAUCCACCAAAAAAUCCUUCCUUUUGACAUUCACCAGCAGAAAUGUAACAUGUUUUACGUCCAGGGCUUUUUAAAAUAUGAAUUGAAUUGUCUGAAAUGCCACUGGUUCCUUUGGGGUUUGUUUUGUUUUAAUCUAAACCCCUUUUUAGGCGUAGGACAUUCUGCCAAGGUAGUUGGCAGGCACAUAGCCUUUCUGUCCAUUGGCCUCAGCUAACCACCAGUCUUUGUUGCCUCCCAGGUCGCAGAACUGGAGGAUACGAACAUGUUGGUACUCCUGCAAGGUCAGCUCCUGGUCACAACGGGCUUGAAAUGCAUAGACGGCAUAAAACUGUGAAAACAAACACACACACAGAAAAGAAAAUGUUGAAAUUAAUUCAAUUAAAUGUGUAUUACAUUCCCAAGUCAUUAAAACUGGAGUGAGAGUGCAUUCUCCUGUAAAUCCAGAAGGUGGCACUGUUAAUUAGUGCAUGUGGUGUGUAUUAUUAUUCGAAAUGUUUGAUACUGCAAACUUGAACAGAGGUGUUCCAAGUUCCAUGCACAAUCAUCCUACAGAUGGCACUUAAUCUGUUUCACAUGAACUGUUUCCUAAAUGAAAUUUAACUGCUGA